AUGCCGGCCAAAAUGCAGCUCCUUAUCAGAUGUAACGGGAGGAUUUUCCUGGCUAUUUGCUUAAUCCUCUUUAUGGGAUACACAGCGCAAGGUGCUCCGAUGCAGAAGGCAAGGUACAAGAGAGUGAGGUGCCGACCUGAUGCCUGGUCCGCUAACUGCAUCGAAGAGAAGGGGCCCUGGUUUUACAUGUCCACCAGUGGAGCCAACAGGAUCCUUCCUCCCAUGGCAGACCCGUCCCUGAUGAAGAGAUACCAGGAGCUGAGCGAUAUGUUCCCUCUCUCAGAUGAGGAGUCUGGCUCCGGGUCUGAUGCUGUGAUGGAAUCGGAGCCAUCCUCUGGGUCAGGGCUCGGCGAUAGUGACAGCUUCUCUGAGGCGAAGCUGCCCAUCUUCCUAGCAGGUCCACGUGGCAGCGAGCUGAAGCAAAAGCUAACGGAGGAGGAUCUGCUCCUGUAG